GAGAGAAAAACACUCUGUCUCUGUCUUCCUCUGUUUCCAUCUCUCUUGUGUUUUCCAGCUUAGACAGAGGGAGCUACUUCUUCUUCAAAACCCAAGAAGGUCAAAGAACCUCUGAUUCUCCUUAUUCUGAGUGAUGGGUGUGAGCAGCCGUUGUUCCCACACUUCCCACAUCACUGAAAUCAUCAUCACCAGCUUCUUUCGCCACAAGCCAUAAGCUUCUUUUUUCCGGCUUCGGAUCAUCAUCGUCUCAAACCAGGCUUGUGAUGUCAGAUUAAAUUUUCUUAAAAACUAAUAUUGAACUAAAGCAAAUUUGAAAGAGUAAACAUGGCCGGCGGUGGGAGGGUCUAUAAUAGUAGCGGUGGUGCUUCGUUUUUGCUUCGGAAUCAGAGAGGUUCUUCCGCUUCCGAGCCUCUCGAUUCUCUUUUCCUUUCUGGGUCCUCUAAUGCUUCCUCUACUUCUCCUUUUCUCGGUUCAUCCAUGGUGAGUUUCGAAGAUGUUCGUGGAGGAAAUGGAUUGAAGAGGUCCAUGUUCCACCAAUACGAGCACGAAGACAAUUGUGAUGAGGAAUUUGAUGACUACUUCCAUCAACCUGGAAAGAAGAGACGGCUUACUGCUGAUCAAGUCCAGUUCCUCGAGAAAAGCUUUGACUUGGAAAACAAGCUUGAACCAGAAAGGAAGAUCCUGCUUGCAAAAGACCUUGGCUUGCAGCCUCGGCAGGUUGCGAUUUGGUUCCAAAACCGCCGCGCAAGGUGGAAGACUAAGCAGCUGGAGAAGGACUAUGAUGUUUUGCAAGCCAACUAUAAUAGUCUCAAGGCGGAUUGCGAUAGCCUUUGUAAAGAAAAUGAUAAACUCAAAGCUGAGGUUCUUCUGCUCUCGGAGAGGCUGCAGCUCAAAGAUAAAGAGAGGGCAAACUCAGAACAAUCGGAUACAAACAAAUCACAUCAAGAACCACAGCAGAUGCCAAUCGCUGAAUCUGUCUCCUCGGAAGGUGAAGUAUCCAAACUCUCAGUUGUGGCAUGUAAGGAAGAUCUUAGCUCAGUCAAGAGUGAUAUAUUUGAUUCGGAUAGCCCACAUUACACUGAUGGGGUUCACUCUUCUCUCUUAGAGCGUGGUGAUUCUUCAUAUAUAUUUGAACCAGAUCAGUCUGAUCUUUCCCAAGAUGAAGAAGAUAACUUGAGCAAGAGCCUGUUGCCAACAUACAUCUUUCCGAAGCUUGAAGAUGUCGAUUACACAGACCCUCCUGCAAAUUCAUGUAAUUUCGGGUUCCCUGUGGAAGAUCAAGCCUUUUGGUCCUGGUCUUACUAGGAUUUUCUUGGUAUAUACAAUUCCUGCGUCAUCGUGUUCUUAUCUGAUAGUAUGGCAUAUGAGUGAGAGAAUAAGUAAUGAAUCCAAGAUGCAUCAAUGGCACACUCCAAUUCAGAUGUGGUGGUGGUUUUAGGUUCCUGUUGGAAAAAAAAAUGGUAGUGUUUGCCCCAUUGGGGUCUCUAGUGUUUCAUGUACCAGUUUUGUAAGAAAGUGUAAUUAAAUAAAAAUUCUCUUUUAUGUAAAGCAAAGCUUGAUGGAAAUGCAACUUCAUUUCAGCUCCAGACCU